AUGGGGCGAGCACCAAAGCGAGGCAUUUUAGGAUACCGCGCAGAGAGCGUAAACAUGGCUUCGCGAUCUAACAUACAUUGUUGCGUUCCUCUUUGUAACCAAAAGGGAACUACUGGCCCAAAUGGAGAAAAAGUUGGCUUUUUCAGCUUCCCAAAAGAUCCGUCAUUAAAGAAACUUUGGUUGGCUAAAAUCAGAAGAGAUCCUGGCAAAAAUUUUAACCUUAAUGACAACACAAAAGUAUGUUCUUUGCACUUCGAAAMAAGCGAGAUCAAGAAAGGUUAUGGUGGAAAAAUGUMUUUAACAAGGCGCAAUGRAGUCUUUCCCACGAAAUUUAACUGGAGAACUUCGCCAAGAAAGCGACCGGCUCCUUCUGUGAGGAUGGAUCCUAUUCUGAAUAAACGCGCGAGAAAGAACUUGGACGUCGACUCGACCUAUGUCACUAGUAGCGAUAUCGAAGAAACACCUUCUAGUGGUCUUGAGGACGUUCCGCCACUUGAAACGCACAAAACAACAGAGUCUUAUAAUGAAGAAAUUGCCCAAUUAAAGCUACAACUUGAAGAACAAAAGAAGCAAAUAGCYRCKUUGUGUAAGGAAAGAGACGAUACUUUAGGUGAAGUCAAGCGUUUACUACAACAAUACGCCGAACUCAAUGACAAAUAUGCUAAGCUGAAGCCACGCGUGUUUUGUCUCGAAAAUAUAUCCGAUGAUCAAUCAAUCUGUUUCUAUACGGGAUUCCCUAAUAUACAAACAUUUCAAGCUACAUUUAAGUACUUAAACUCAGGAGAGAAUGGCGAAAAUAUCCGAUAUUGGUCGUCAAAAGAUCAAGGUGUUGGUAACCCUGAGAACGCGGUUCWGCGCAACAAGCGUGGUCGUCCAAGAAGUCUCACACAACAAGAAGAAUUUCUUUUGGCGUUGUGUCGACUGCRYCAAGGAAUGCCAGUAAAGCAUCUAGGAUUCCUUUUUGGCAUUUCAGAAACUACCGUAAGUCGCAUAUUCAUUUCCUGGAUUAAUUUCAUGUAUCUGCGUUUUGGUGYUAUAAACAUUUGGCCCUCUAGAGAWGAUGUCGAUGMAUCAAUGCCCGAGGACUUUAAGGAUAAAUAUCCUAACACUAGAGUUAUCAUCGACUGCACCGAAAUAAAGUGUCAGAUGCCAAGUAGUUUACUGUUUUAA